AUGCGUGCACGUUUAUAUAUGAAUGGUGAUGGAAAUGCUCGUCGUACGCAUAUGUCUCUCUUUUUUGUGCUUAUGCGAGGUAAACACGAUGCGAUCUUGAAGUUUCCCUUCAACUAUAAAGUCACAUUUUGUUUAUACGAUCAAACACCAGCACAACGACAUAUCAUUGAUUCAUUUCGUCCUGACAUUAGAUCGAGUAGUUUCCAGCGACCACGGUCCGAAAUGAACAUUGCAAGUGGUAUACCGAAGUUUUUUCCGUUGACUAUGAUCCAACAGGAGGGAAAUCCAUACGUUCGAGACGAUAUGAUGUUUAUCAAAAUAAUGGUUGAUUUUGGUGAUAUGCCGAAGACCUUAUUGCCAUAUGCAUUGAGUCUCGAUCCCGGGCUGCCGACAAAUAUUCAGCAGAAUAUGAUUAAACAAGAAGCUGAAAAACGGGCUCAACAAACUACCACUCAACCAACUCUAUUAUUACAACGUAAUGAGUGAUUUGGUCAAUAUCUUUCGUUGAUGUACCACUAUAGGCACCUAUCAACAAGGACUAAGAAGUUUGGAACAUUAUUCAAAACUAUGCUACAUUCUCUUUUUUUGAUUUGACUGGAGACUACUGUUUCUAUCGUGAAAUUUUAUUUUCUAACUAAUUUCUUUUCAAUCAUCACUAAUUUUUAUGUUAUUUUGGAAACAUUAUCAAAAUCUGAUUAUUUUCUUUCUUUCUAUUCCGAUAAAAGUUCUAUUUGAAACUGAAAUAUUGUGAAGUACCUUUAUUUUUGAACAUAUAUUGAAGCUUGCAAACUUUAGAUGAACAUUCAGAAGAGAGGGUUCCAGGAAUCGUCAAUUUAUCAAAAUUUCAAAUAAAGCAGUCCAACUGCUCACCAAUAGAGUAUCGAUUUGAAUCUCUUCAAUUAUUCAUUGUUUCGAAUAAAAAUAGUAAAAUCAAAUGAAAAUUACUAUCAUCAAAGGCGCUUUACUUUCGGUGAUUAAUCGAAAUAUUUCAAAAUCAAGUUUGUAAGUCAUAUAAAUAAAAGGGUGAGUGUGGGUGUGGGUGUGUGGGUGUGUCGGUGUGGGUGUGGGGGUGGGGGUGUGGGUAAAAAAAACACCACCCACACCCAUACCCACACCCACACCCA